ACCGAAACUCGAUCCGCCAACGAUCCGUCUCAACUUUCCUUCCGCCCCGCACGCGCUCCCCUGCCUCGCACCCGCCUCGCCCCAUCGCAUCAAUCUCAUCUUCCCUCUAGACCAUUUCGACGCCUCGCUCUCCGUCAAAGAGGCAAGAGCCCGACGCUGCAGCGGUCACCCUCCAGUCGCUGUCGAAAUAUGUCGCGCCUCACGCUCGCCCAGCAGCUUGCCCAGCUCUCGGAACCCGCACCCGCAGACCUCGACCCGGAAGACGUGCAGGCAGGCGUGGACUCAGAGGAACAGCCUGCCAUUGAUAGCUCUGCGGCCAGAGAACACUACAUCGAUGUCGCGCCGUCUGCAAUACGUAAACUGCACGACAGCGUCACUGAUCAAAAAUAUGACGGCGUGCGCACGACCCGCAAGCAAUUAUUGCAAGAGUCAGACGAGGACAGCGACGACGACGAAGUGGGUGGGUCGGUGCCCAGUCCGUCGGAGGAAGACGAUUACUCCGACGCUGCAGACGAACACGCCGCAGACGAAGACAGCGAAGACGAAGAGCAGGAGGAUUCGGCUCGUGAAGAGAGCGGCGAGGAAGCAUCCCCCGCUCUCCGUCGCUCACCUUCUGACCUCACAGGUGUCACACGGGCCAUUGAGGCCAGUAGCGAGCCUGCGAACGACCCAGAACUCAAUGCGGACCUUGCGUCCAACCUGCGCAAGACUCGAGAAGAGGACCGGCAAAAGGGCAAGGCCGUGUCCCGCCAGAUCGCACUGUGGGACGCCCUGCUUGACGCACGGAUACAGAUGCAGAAGGUGGUGACUGCAGCGAAUCGAUUGCCGACAGGCACAUAUCUCAGCCAUCUCGCCGAGCACGGCUCUGCUCGUGAAGCAUUGCAAGGCAUGUUCGGCGAAGCAGCCGCACUUACCGAAGACCUCUUCUCACUGCAGGAGGGUCUUCUCAGGGACAACGAAUCAAUUGAGCCUCCCCCGCGCAAGCGACGAAGAGUGGACUUGGAACAAGACCCAUCGUAUGACUACCCAGACCACCUCCGUGACCUGUCCGCGGCUGCGUCAGCGCUCGAGGCGAGCUACCACUCGCACCUCAUUCACACGCUCGCGAAGUGGUCGGCGAAGGUGCAAGCGGUUGCGCCCAGCGUGCUCCUCGGGAACAAGACGGCCUUCAACAAAGACGACAGGAGCAAGCUCGGUGUGGUAGGCAUGAUCGACGACAUCCUGCGCACGGAUGGGAACAAGCUGCUCGUACGGACGCAGACGCGCAGGAGCAACGUGAAGCGCCUUGGAUCUGCUGAUCAUCGAGAUGAGCCUCGUGGAGCAGAUGCUGGCGAUGACGAAGAGAAGGAAGACGCAGAAGUCUUCGACGACCUGGACUUCUACCAGCAGCUUCUCCGCGAUGUCAUCAAAUCACGCACGGGUGAUGUUGGGGAGCAAGACUGGAUGGCGCAGCAGCGCGAGAGAAAGGCGAAGAAAAAGCUCAAGGUCGAUACGAAGGCGAGCAAGGGCAGGAAGCUGCGAUAUGAAGCACACGCAAAACUGCAGAACUUCAUGGUACCCGUACCCGUCACUCAUGGUGGCUGGCACGAAGAGCAGAUAGAUGGGCUAUUCAGUAGCUUGCUUGGGGCAGGGUAGACAUGUAUGGCUGGCGUCUUCUCCCCAUUCUUCUCUGUUCAACGUAGUGUGCUCGCGUGACUCGCUGCGUUAGGCCUCGCGUCUCGAUCACAACUUCAGAGCACUGGAUUGUCCCACUA